CGCUUCCGGUACGAGGCAGCAGUAAAAUGGCAGUUGCGCGCAAAAGUCUGUUUAUUUACGUGCUGUCGAUGAUUAAUUGAUUUUCAACGUCGCGUCCGCGAACGGUGUCCGGAUGAUCGAACUCGGCAACGAACGUGUUCAAUACGGGAAAACGUGACUGAACACGGCUCGGCGGAACCAAGAGAGAAAAAAAGAAAAACAGAAAAAGGGAGGGAAAAAGAAACGCGAGUGAAUGUCGCGGCCGUGGAAUUCAGCCUGUCGUCGUUCUAACCUAUUUCACGGUGCGUCGUGUGCCUCGCGUUCUGGAAUUUUCCGACGCGCUGUCAACGCGUUGUUUGCCAACAGUGAUUCGACAUGAUGCCAUGUUGCCGCAAACGCUGAGCACGGAAUCGUGCGAAAUUGUUACCAUGGCCGACGAAGUGCUGCCGGCGAGCUUGGAGAGGCUCGAGAUUGAUCGCCUGUCGUCGAGUUGUUCUCACGUUACACCAACCGACAGCGUGAAGCCGUCGAAUCCAUUUAGAACAAGUAAAGCUCAAGUCAGUUCCGACUGCAGUCACUUGUUUCAAAAGAGAUUGAUGCCGGUCAGACCGACGUCAACUGCAAUCAGCUCCAGAGGUGUGAAAAGCACAACGAAUUUCAAACCAUCAAAGAACGAAAGAGCACUCGACAAAACCAAGAAGAACUCGAUAAUCAAAGAGGCUGUUUUAAAGUUAAACAAUACUACUGGCACUAAUUGUCUCAGUGAUGACCUAGCGAAUACGUUGCUUAAAGAAACAUGUAAAUUUAGUAUCUGUGGUAAGAGUUCUAAGAUUUUUGGCCAUGGUACGGUUGCAAAGGACUUUAAAGCACUGAACAUUAGUCAAGACUCUAGACAAGCCAAGGAUGACACCAGCAUCCAAGACGAUUAUCAAGCUAGUAGUUUCCAACGGGCACGCAGUAACACUAUGCCAAGCUUAAAAAGAGGGCCUGGUCCAGGUGGAGGCAGUAGUAACAAUAGUAACAAUAACAAUAAUAGCAACAACAACGUUAACAAUAAUAAUAAUAGUCAAUUGGAAAUUACUGGUUCAACCGGCGGUCAAACUUCAACUUCGAAUACAUGUUCAGCACAAGCACGAAUAUCUCCACCGUCAUGCGAUGUCACUAUUGAUGAGCUUGCCAGCUACUUCGAGGAGUUUGUUCAUAUUCCAAAGAAGAUGUCACACAUGGCAGAGAUGAUGUAUAUUUAAUUAUAAUAUAUUAAAUUGUAACGAGACAGAUUUCUUAUAUACAGUUUUUCAAAAGACUAGCGCGCAACGUUUAGAUUGCGGAUUGAUGCAAGUCUAAGUACUGUAUGUUUGCUACAAAUCCAAUUUAAUUUGGUACCUAAAUUAUACAUAAUAUACAAU